CAACUAUACAAUCGAGUAUUCUUUAUUUGACACGAAUAGUUGAAGGGAAUUCUCCGAAGAGAAAAUGGAUUAUGGGAGUAACAAAAAAACCUGACUUAAAUGAUCCUGUAUUAAGAGCUAAAUUGGCUAAAGGGAUGGGUCAUAAUUAUUACGGAGAACCCGCAUGGCCCAACGAUCUUUUAUAUAUUUUUCCAGUAGUAAUCUUAGGUACUAUUGCGUGUAACGUAGGCUUAGCGGUUCUAGAACCAUCAAUGAUUGGUGAACCCGCGGAUCCAUUUGCAACUCCUUUGGAAAUAUUACCCGAAUGGUAUUUCUUUCCCGUAUUUCAAAUACUUCGUACAGUACCUAAUAAGUUAUUGGGUGUUCUUUUAAUGGUUUCAGUACCUGCGGGAUUAUUAACAGUACCUUUUUUGGAGAAUGUUAAUAAAUUUCAAAAUCCAUUUCGUCGUCCCGUAGCGACAACUGUCUUUUUGAUUGGUACCGUAGUGGCCCUUUGGUUGGGUAUUGGAGCAACAUUACCUAUUGAUAAAUCCCUAACUUUAGGUCUUUUUUAAAUUGAUUAAAUUUUGUUGUGAAAUAAAAUAUCACGACUUAUGUAUCUAGGGAAUAGUCGCUUCAAAGUGAAUUUUCCCUAGAUACAUCUAUUCAAUUAAAUUCUGGAUUUAUUCCGAAUAUAUAAAUUCUGCUAAAGUUGAAAUAAAAGCCCAUUUUUUUUUUUAUAAAAGAAACUAAAGAAAAAAGACGAUUUCCAAUUUAUUCUUCGGUAAAUGGGUUGUGAAAUGCUUUUUCUAUUUCUAGACUGUCCAAUAUCUGUUUUACAUCUUCUAUGCGAAAAUAUUCCAUUUUCAUAAGGUCUUCUUGACUCUUAUUCAAAAGGUCAAAUAAUGUAUGUAUAUUGUACCUUUUGAGGCAAUUAUAGGUCCUGGGAGGCAAUUCUAAUUGGUCAAUAAAAAUAGAUUUCAAUUCUAUUUUUUUUUUCGUUUUCCUUAGCUUAGCCAAUCUAUCAUGAAAAG